AAAGUUUUAAAGAUCUGUGGAGCACUGUUCGUCACCCUGAGACAGGAGUUGAUACCAAAACGAGGAAUGUCGAUAACCAGGCAGAAGAUCUGUGACUCUAUAGAGAUCCCGAUCCUAACGCGAUGCUGCUUCUGCUUCCCUCUGCGAAAAGGGCUCAUCGCCUUCGCUUAUGUCAACUUAGUCUUAACAGUAGUCGUGACGAGCCUUCUGUCGAUGUACAUCUCGUACAUCCGCAACUCGGAAGAGCAAGAUCUGACGGAGUACCCUCGGCUCAUAGCUGACACCACUGGUCUCGUUAUCGAGUGUGUCAUGACUAUCAGCUUCAUCGUUGCUCUUCACAAGAAACACGUCCUCCUAAUGAAAAUCUAUCUUUACUUUGAAAUCGUAUUCUCUAUCAUCGGCUUCGUGUACAGCCUCGCCUUCAUGACAAAGGAAAGCGCCAGCGAACUGUUUCUGAUUCUAUUCCAAUUAACUCUUCAAAUCUACCUGGUGAUCCUGAUCUGGAGCUCCAUCGUGAAAAUGGAGCGAGACGGUACCGUCAAAUAUGUUCGCGACAGAGAUCCAGUCUAGAUGGUUAUUUUACAUUUAUAUUAGACACAAUCUUCAAAGAAGCUAUGACAACUUACACGACAGAGUUGGUUACAUAUUAUAUUAUUUAAAAUUAUAUUUACAGUAAUAUUUUUACAGACGCAACAACAAAUGAGUUGUUACAGUUCAUAUUUGAUGUUUCAACAUAUAUAUUUUUUUAAAUUUCGAGUCAGGCAAGUAGGCUGCCCUUUAGGGUGCUUCUCUAUUUCAUAAAACAAGUGAUCGUGCCCCAUAAAAAGCACUGUUACUAUGUGAGACAAAUAAAGUGCCUUAUAGGUAGUGAUUUUAUAUAAAACAGGGUGCUGGAACCCGUUAUACUAUAAUCGACAUGCCACAUAUUAUACAUUUUUGGAAGAUUAUUAUAUUGUAGAACUAGACGAUGCAAACGAGCAAAGUUACCUUUUUUAUAAAAAAAAAUGUGAUUUGUAUUGAAAUUAAUUGUUUAAGUAGAUAGUUUGGACACGCCCUGUAUGUAAUGUAGUGUCUGGAAAAAAAUAAUUGUGACGUAAUUAAAAAACAGAUUUUAUUAUUGAUGCUCAUCUGACAGACACACAGGGGCAAUCAAUUUUAUUUCAACUCCAUUUGUAUGGAAUCUCACAUUCAACGUCCUCCAGGGUGCGCGUGCGAGUGUGAGCAAGGCGCGCGAAACUGACAAAUCUGUAGUCGCCACAAAGUUGACUGCUUGUUUUCAGAAUCUCUGGUAAUGUUUUGUCACGCGCUGCGUCCUUUCAUGCAACACGGACGACUUAUUUUGAAGUAAAAUUCUAAAACACACAUUUCCUUCAGAGACACUGCAUAUCGCAGAUUUUAUAUUUUUAGAUAUUGCGUGUUAUCUCAUAAAAUUAAUGGUAAUGUUAAGUUAUUUUUAUAUAAAUUUUUUUAGGUUCAAUCAUAAGUACAUAUAUUAUUAUUAUGUAAAUACCUGAAUAGUUAUUUACGAAGUGUUAUGCCAAAUAAAUACCACUUAGUCUUAGAGGAACGU